AUGGAACGGGUGAGGGAGCAGCGGCCGUUCUGCUCGCUCUCCAAGAGCCAGCGAGAGCACCGCGAGCGAGGCGGAGACCCCGAAAGCGAGUAUCGUUACAGCGUGGAGCGAGAGGAGACCAUCCGCGACGCCGGGACGCCAUCCUGCCGCGUACCCACGCAAAAGUCAUACAGCUCGAGUGAGACGCUUCAGGCCUUCGAGCAUGACCCGGCGCGUAUGCUCUUUGGGGGCCGGGUCAAGGACAUGGUCCGCCAGGAUAGCGCCGAAUACAGCCGGCCAGGGCAGACGUUCUCGCUGAGGCAGCUCGGCAUCUGCGAGCCCCGCCGAGGCCUGGCGCUAUGCCCCGAGACGGGCCUGUCGCACCCGCUCGGCACCUACGCCAGGGGUCCCGCGGUCACCUCUGAAGGACGCGAACCGCAGUCCCCGGAACGAACCGUCGCGCUUUGGGGCAAAGGGGGCCACAACUCGUGCCUCUCCAGUCGCUCCAACUCAGCGCUGACGCUCACCGACACGGAAAUGGACAACAAGUCGGACAACGAGAUGGGCGACCAUCUGUCCAGUCCUCAGGGUCCUCCCCCCCUGCCGCCUGCUCCCCCGCCGCCGCCCCAUAAGCAGCACCCCUCCAUCACGUCCCUGAGCCGCGGCUCGCUGGCCAAUCAGAGGGCCGCGAGCCCGCCGCCCGCUGCCGGCCUGGCGGCCGAUUUGCAGAGCACGGCGGAAUGCGUCCAGCUGCAGGACAGCUGGGUGCUGGGCAGCAAUGUGGCCCUGGAGAGCCGGCAUUUCCUGUUUAAGACUGGCACGGGAAGCACCCCGUUCUUUGGCGCAGCGGCCCCAGGCUACACCAUGGCAACGGGGACUGUGUACUCUACGCCAGCACGGCCGCUACCCCGUGGCAGCCUGUCCCGCGGCGCCUUCAAGUUCAAGAAGUCACCCAAGCACUGCUCCUGGAAGUGCACCGCCCUGAUCGCGGUGGCUGUUGCUGUGCUGCUUUCGGUCAUUCUCUGCUACUGCAUAGCGAUGCACCUUUUUGGCCUCAAUUGGCAGCUGCAGGAGUUGGACAGCCAGCCGGCGUUUGAAAACGGCGGAGUCGGGAAGGCUGGUCCCACACCGUCCAGCGCCGUCACGGCCCUCGCCGCCGAUGGAAGAACAAGCGUUCUACACCAGGAGAACAACUCUUUGGACUCUGGGCCUGUGGACGUUGGGAAGAGGGCGGGCCAAACCGUGCCACCAGGCGUGUUUUGGCGGUCCCAACUCAGUGUAGACAAGCCGUGCUUUCUCAAGUUCAACAUCUCUGUGCAGAAAAACGCCCUGAUCGGUGUAUAUGGGCGCAAGGGUCUCGCACCGUCUCACACGCAGUAUGACUUUGUCGAGCUCCUGGACGGCAGCCGACUCAUCGCCAGCGAACACCGCGCCUCGAGCGAGCCCGAGAGGGUAGCCCGCCCUGAGCACCAGGUGGUGGUCCACCAGGCGGGGUUCAUCCAGCAGUUUGACGCCGGCGUGUGGCACCUGGCUUUCUACAACGACGGCCGCACCGUGGAGACAGUGUCCUACAAUGCAAUUGUUCAAGAGUCUGUCACCGAGUGCGCACACAACUGCUACGGGAACGGAGAGUGCAUGGCGGGUUCCUGUCACUGCUUUCCAGGAUUCAUUGGACCGUACUGUUCUAGAGCUGCCUGCCCCGUUCUGUGCAGUGGUAAUGGCCAGUACACUCGGGGGCGCUGCCAGUGUUACAGUGGAUGGAAGGGCACCGAGUGUGAUGUAGCCUCAGGCCAAUGCGUGGACCCUCAGUGUGGAGGUCACGGAGUGUGCGUGGCUGGAAAUUGUGUUUGCAACACCGGCUGGAGGGGAAGCAACUGCGAACAAGUGGACUGCACGGACCCAAAGUGCUCUGGACAUGGCACUUGUCAUCACGGCGAGUGCCACUGCAACCCGGGCUGGGGCGGAAUCAGCUGCGAGAUCCUGAAGAGCACUUGUCCCGAGCAGUGCUCCAGUCACGGGACAUUCAACAUCGACUCUGGGAACUGUGUCUGUGAGGAUAACUGGACCGGUGCCGAUUGCUCCAUAGAGGUCUGCGUGGUGGACUGCGGCCCUCACGGCUCAUGCUUGGGCGGCUUGUGUCACUGCGAGGAGGGCUGGGCAGGUGCAGAGUGCGAGCAAAGGGACUGUCACCCGCGCUGCAUCGACCACGGGGUGUGUCGCGAGGGCAAGUGUGAAUGCCACCAAGGCUGGACGGGCGAGCACUGCACCAUCGACGGCUGCCCGGGCCUGUGCAACAACAACGGGCGCUGCGUCUUGGAUCAGAAUGUCUGGCACUGCAUCUGCCAGCCAGGAUGGCGGGGCCUGGGCUGUGACGUCGCCACAGAGACGCUCUGCUCGGACGGCAAGGACAACGAGGGAGACGGUCUGGUGGACUGCAUGGACCCGGACUGCUGCGCUCAGAUCUCCUGCCAGGGUCAGACGUACUGCAAAGGCUCGCAGGACCCGACUGCUGCCGCCGCUGCCUCACUUGGCCAGAAUUCGGCCGGCCAUCCCGCCUCCAAGAGCUUCUAUGAUCGUGUGGCAUUCCUAAUGGGGCCCAGCGGGAGUCAUGUGGUACCGGGGGAGAACCCCUUCAACAGCAGCCUGGUGUCAGUCAUCCGUGGUCAGGUCCUCACCGGAGACGGAACUCCGCUGAUCGGAGUCAACGUGUCAUUCCUGCACUACCCCGAGUAUGGCUCCACUGUCACCAGACAGGAUGGCAUGUUCGACCUGCUAGCAAACGCCGGUGCGUCGCUAACCCUGAUGUACGAGCGAGCGCCAUUCCCGAUACUGCGCCGGACCGUUUGGAUCUCUUGGAACGUAUUUCACGUGAUGGACACGGUGGUGAUGCGUCACAAGGAGAACAAUGACAUCCCUGGCUGCUAUCUGACGGGUCUGAGCCGGCCCGAGCCACUUGUAAUGGCCACGCCGCUCUCUACCUUAUACAAAACGUCACCAGAAGACAGCCCAGUCAUCCCAGAGACGCAGGUUCUUCACGAGCAAGUGGCUAUCCCGGGUAGCGAACUCAACCUGGUUUACCUGAGCUCACGGGCGUCUGGCUACAAGCCUCUCCUCAAGGUUUUGCUCACCCAGGAACGUCUGCCCUUCGGCCUGAUGAAGGUGCACCUGAUGGUGGCCGUGAUGGGUCGGCAGCUGCAGAAAUCUUUCCCGGCAUUCCCUGACCUAUCCUACACCUUCAUCUGGGAUAAGACAGACGCCUACAGCCAGAAAGUCUACGGCUUGGCAGAGGCUGUGGUGUCAGUGGGCUAUGAAUACGAGUCGUGUCUAGACGUAGUGCACUGGGAGAAGAGGACUGCAGUACUCCAGGGUUACGAGGUGGAUGCAGCCAACAUGGGAGGAUGGAAUCUGGACAAGCACCACGUUCUCGAUGUUCAGAACGGCAUUCUGUACAAGGGAACCGGCGAGAACCAGUUCAUCUCGCUGCAGCCACCAGUCAUUUCCACCAUCAUGGGCAACGGCCGCCGCCGGAGCAUCUCGUGCCCGAGUUGUAAUGGCCAGGCACUGGGCAACAAGCUGCUGGCACCUGUGGCCUUAGCGUGGGGCAUCGAUGGCAGCCUCUAUGUGGGUGACUUCAACUACAUCCGACGCAUCUACCCAUCGGGCAAUGUCACCAGCAUCAUGGAACUCAGAAAUAAAGACUUUAGACACAGCAACAACCCAGCACACCGCUACUAUCUAGCCACCGACCCGGUCACAGGCCAACUGUACGUGUCAGACACCAACUCACGGCGGAUCUACCGGCCAAAAAGCUUAUCUGGAACCAAAGACCUGCAGGCUAACGCUGAGGUUGUGGCCGGGACCGGAGAACACUGCUUGCCCUUUGACGACAACCACUGUGGGGAUGGCGGCAAAGCUCCUGAGGCCGCGCUCACUGGACCCAAAGGCAUCGCCGUAGACAAGAACGGCCUGAUUUACUUCGUGGACGGCACCACCAUCCGCAAGGUGGACCAGAACGGCGUCAUCUCCACCUUCCUGGGCUCCAACGACCUGACGUCAGCGCGACCGCUCACUUGUGACGACAGCAUGGACGUCAGUCAGGUUAUUCUGGAGUGGCCCACAGACCUGGCAGUGAGCCCGAUGGACAAUUCGCUCUAUGUACUGGACAACAAUAUAGUGCUGCGCAUCACCGACAACGGCCAAGUGAGCAUCGCGGCAGGACGCCCUGUUCACUGCCCGCUCUCCAUAUCAGAACGCGGCAUCGCCUCCAGCGGCCAAAGAGCACAGUUCACCCCGCUGGAGUCCGCGGCGUCCAUCGCCGUCUCCUAUCACGGCGCAAUCUACAUCGCCGAGACGGACGAGAGAAAGCUCAGCCGCAUCCGCAAGGUCUCGGUAGACGGCGAGAUCAUGCACUUAGCCGGGGCGCCAUCGGACUGCGACUGCAAGAACGACGCCAACUGCGACUGUUACCAAGCGGGCGACGGCUACGCCAAAGACGCCAGGCUCAACGCGCCGUCUUCUCUGGUGGCCGCACCGGACGGGACACUCUACGUGGCCGACCUUGGCAACAUCCGUAUCCGGGCAGUGUCUCGUAACGGUCCGGUGCCGACGUCCAACGGCUAUGAGGUGGCGUCCCCGGAUGCUCAGGAGCUGUACGUGUUUGACGGUAACGGCACGCAUCAACACACGGCCAGCUUACUCACCGGAGACUUCAAGUACACCUUCAGCUACAGCACGGAUAGCGACAUUACGGCGGUGACGGACAGUAACGGAAACACGCUGAGGAUACGCCGAGACUCCAGCCGAACUGCGGUGCGCAUCGUAGCGCCAGACAACCAGGUCAUCUGGCUCACCAUGGCCACCAAUGGUGGGCUGAGGUCUCUCACGGCGCAGGGAAAGGAGUUGGUUCUGCUCACCUACCACGGCAACAACGGGCUGCUGGCCACCAAGACCUCCGAAAUCGGAUGGACCACCUUCUACGACUACGACAGCGAGGGCCACCUAAUGAAUGUGACCUUCCCCACCGGCAUGGUGAACAACCUCUACACAGACAUCUACAGCGCCCUUACCGUGGACAUCGAGAGCUCCCUUAGCGAUGAGGAGAUCAGCAUCACUACCAACACUUCCAGCAUCCACGCCUACUACACCCUUUCCCAGGACCAAUGCAAAAGCAGCUAUCAAGUGGGCUUUGAUAACUCACUGCGUGUCACGUACGCCAACGGGAUGGACACCCACUACCAGACCGAGCCUCACAUCCUGGCAGGGGCCGCCAAUCCGACGGUGGCCCGGCGCAACAUGAGCUUGCCAGGCGAGAGCGGGCAGAAUCUAGUGGAGUGGCGAUUCCGCAAGGAGCAAGCGCGAGGGAAGGUCAUUGUGUUCGGACGCAAGCUACGGGUAAACGGACGAAACAUCCUCUCUGUCGAUUACGACCGCACCCUGAGGACGGAGAAGAUUUACGAUGACCACAGAAAGUUUCUCUUGAAGAUCAUAUACGACACAGCGGGGCACCCAGUGCUGUGGUUACCCAGCAGUAAGCUGCUACCAGUCAAUGUAAGCCGUACCAGCAAUGGGCAGAUCAGUACCCUGCAGAGGGGUCCUACCACUGAGAAGCUAGGCUACGAUGCGCAGGGACGCUUGGUGUCGCGGGUGUUCGCCGACGGGAAGAUAUGGAGCUACACCUACCUGGAGCAGUCUAUGGUCCUGCUGCUCCACAGUCAGCGCCAGUACAUCUUUGAUUUCGACUCUCUGGACCGCCUCUUGGGCAUCACCAUGCCGAGCGUAGCCCGCUACACCAUGCAGACGGUGCGCUCAGUGGGUUACUACCGUAACCUCUACCACCCUCCAGAGAGCAAUGCUUCUGUAGCCGUGGACUACAGCGAGGACGGCCUCCUGCUCAGAAUCUCCCACUUCGGCACCGGUCGCCGUGUGCUCUACCAUUAUCGACGCCAAAACAAAUUGUCGGAAAUCCUGUACGACAGCACGCGAGUCAGCUUCACCUACGACGAGACCGCGGGCGUCUUGAAGACGGUCAACCUUCAGAGCGACGGCUUUAUCUGCUCCAUCCGAUACCGGCAGGUGGGACCUCUUGUAGACCGACAGAUAUUUCGCUUCAGCGAGGACGGUAUGGUGAACGCCCGCUUCGACUACACCUACGACAACAGCCUGCGCGUCACUAGCGUGCAAGGCGUUAUCAACGAGACACCUCUGCCCAUUGACCUCUACCAGUUUGACGACAUCUCUGGAAAAAUGGAGCAGUUCGGCAAGUUCGGAGUUAUCUACUACGACAUCAAUCAGAUCAUCUCCACGGCAGUGAUGACCUACACCAAGCAUUUCGACGCACACGGCCGCAUCAAGGAAAUCCAAUACGAGAUCUUCCGCUCACUCAUGUACUGGAUCACCUUCCAGUACGACGACGUGGGUCGUGUCACCCGGCGAGAGAUCAAGAUCGGGCCCUUUGCUAACACUACCAAGUACGGCUAUGAGUAUGACGUGGACGGCCAGCUGCAGACUGUGUACCUGAACGAGAAAGUGACCUGGCGAUACACAUACGACCUCAACGGCAAUCUUCACCUGCUCAACGCCGGGAACAACGCAAGACUCCUCCCCCUACGCUACGACCUCAGGGACCGCAUCACCCGUCUCGGAGACAUUCAGUACCGCAUGGACGAAGACGGCUUUCUCCGUCAGAGAGGUGCGGAGAUCUUCGAGUACAACUCCAAGGGGCUCCUAGUGCGGGUGUACAGCAAAAGCAGCGGGUGGGCCAUCCAGUACCGCUACGACGGGCUCAGUCGAAGGGUCUCCUCCAAGACCAGUCUGGGCCAGCACUUGCAGUACUUUUACGCCGAUUUAAGCUACCCGGCCCGGAUCACGCACGUCUACAACCACUCGAGUUCAGAGAUCACUUCGCUGUACUACGACCUACAAGGCCAUCUAUUCGCCAUGGAAAGAAGCAGUGGCGAGGAGUUCUACAUCGCUUGCGACAACACCGGAACUCCUCUGGCUGUCUUCACCAGCAACGGUCUUCUGGUUAAGCAGCUGCAGCACACGGCCUACGGCGAGGUCUACUUCGACUCCAAUCCCGAUUUCCAGCUAGUGCUGGGCUUCCACGGAGGUCUGUACGACCCGCUCACUAAGCUGCUGCACUUCGGCGAGAGGGACUACGACAUCAUGUCUGGCAGGUGGACAGUGCCGAACGUUUCAACCCUGAGGGACGUCGGUAAAGAGCCGGCGCCUUUUAACCUCUACAUGUUCCGUAAUAACAACCCCAUCAGCAAAGUCCAAGAAGUGAGAGAAUAUGUGGCAGAUGUAAACAGCUGGCUGGUAACAUUUGGCUUUCACCUCCACAAUACCAUUCCUGGGUUUCCGGUGCCCAAGUUUGACAGCAGUUUGCCGUCGUACGAGCUGAGUAAAAGUCAGCUGUGGGAUGAUUUGCCGUCCAUUUCGGGGGUGCAGCGUGAAGUCACCCGUCAGGCUCAGUCGCUGCUGUCCUUUGAGCGUCUGCCUGAGGUCCACCUACGGCGAGGCCGUCGGGGCGAGAAGCCUUGGCUGUGGUUCUCCGCGGCGGGGUCCCUCGUGGGCCGCGCCGUUAUGUUCGCCAUCUUCAAGGGUAGUGUGCACGCGCACACCCUCAACAUGGCGGGCGAGGACUGCGUCAAGGUGGCGGGCAUCCUCAACAACGCUUUCUACCUAGAGGAGCUCCACUUCACGGUAGAAGGUCGGGAUACGCACUACUUCGUCAAGCCGGGGCUACCCGACAACGACCUGGCCACCCUGCACCUGACCAGCGGUCACAAGACGUUAGAAAAUGGCGUCAACAUCAGCGUGUCGCAGUCCACCACCGUCAUGGACGGACGCACGCGCCGCUUCGCCGACGUGGAGGUGCGCACCGGAGCAUUGGCGUUGCACGUACGCUACGGCGCCACCGUAGACGAGGAGAAGGCCCGCGUGACCGAGCUGGCCCGUCAACGGGCCUUGGCGGGUGCCUGGGCGCGCGAGCAGAGGCGUUUGCGCGACGGUGAGGAGGGCGGCCGGCCGUGGACGGAGGGCGAGAAGCGGCAGCUGCUGAGCGGGGGUAAGGUGCUCGGCUACGACGGCUACUACGCCCUCUCCGCCGAGCAGUACCCCGAGCUGGCGGACAGUGCCGACAACAUCCACUUUCUGAGGCAAAAUGAAAUCGGGAAGAGGUAA